GAGGGCCUUGAGGGCGGCUUGGGCGGCUGGGCUGAUGACUUCUUCUUCGUCACCCUUGUCUUCGCCCUUGUCGCUGGAGCUGCUGCUGCUGCUGGACUUCUUCUUGUCGGCAACAUCCUUAAGCUUGUCUUCGAGGUCUUCUAA